AUGGAACAAGAAGUUGCACAAGCUCCUCAAGAAUCUCCUCAAGUUUUGGCUGACGCUUUAGUCGAACAAGUGAUUAAUGGAGAGUUUCCAGCUGCUUUUCAAGUGUUAGGUCAGUCCAUGACUCUCAAGACAGAAGAUAAAGUUGUUGAUGCGAGCACUUUUGAUCGGGAAAAGCUCAAAGUUGCUUCCUCCAUAAGGUUCUUUCCCCCUGAGAUGAGGGAGGACAAAAUUCUUGAGUUAAUUAAUAUAAGUGUGAAAGACUAUGCUUCAAAAUUCAAACGAUUGUCUAGAUAUGCUCCUACUAUGGUUGUCGAGUCUAAUCCAAAGAUACGCAACAAGAGUGGUCACAAGAUAAAGGAGUUUGCAUCACUUAAUUCUAAGGAAAGAGAAUCUAGGCAAAUUUGGCUUAUUGGUUCAGGUUUACUUCAAACUCGACAUGAGCAACAGGUUUCUCCCGUUAUGGUUACUGGUGGUGUUACAGUUCACAAUGGUUCAAAGUCGUCUUUUUUGUCGAAUGUGAAAGUCAGGAAAGUUCUUGAACUGAUUUUGGUUCAACUGAAGAAAGUGUUGGUAUUCUCAGCAUCUCGAUUUUGUCAAACCCCAAAAUCUGAUAACAAGAAUACACAGCAGAUCAUCAAUGAGGAUGAGUUUUAUGAUGGUAUCCCUAGGUUCUCGUCACAAAAAUCUAAAUCAACCAGGGUUCCUAAGGUUGCAGAAGUAAGUUCUCGUCUAGGUAGAGCGGGAAGUGCUGGAUUUAUAAGGACCGUGCAAGCAUUGGACACCAUUGGGAGCAGCUUGACUAAUUUGAAUUUAAGCAAUGGAUUUGUUUCUGGUGCAACAAUUAAAGGAAAUGAGCUAUCUAUUUUGUCAUUUGAGGUUGCAAACACCAUUGUUAAAGGCUCUAGUCUUAUGCAUUCACUUUCGAGAACAAGCAUCCGACAGUUGAAAGACGUGGUGCUACCUUCAGAAAGUGUGCAGCUGUUAGUAUCAAAUGAUAUGGAUGAACUUCUAAGUAUAGUUGCUGAUGAUAAGAGGAAAGAACUGCAGGUUUUUGCUGGAGAAGUAGUUCGAUUUGGAAGUCAAUGUAAAGAUCCACAAUGGCACAACUUGGACCGCUUCUUUGAGAAAUAUAGGAGGGAGCCUACCCCUCAGAGACAAUUGAAGGAAGAAGCUGAGUUGAUGAUGGAGCAACUGAUGACCCUGGUUCAGUAUACAGCUGAGUUAUACCAUGAGUUGCAUACUCUGGAUAAAAUUGAGCAAGAUUAUCAGCACAAGCAUCUAGAAAAUGGAAAAUCAAAUGCCAGCCAAAAAGGUAAUGGUCUUAUAAUUUUAGCGGCUGAGUUGAAAAGCCAGAAGAGAAUAGUAAGGAACUUGAAGAAAAAGUCACUGUGGUCCAGAAGUCUGGAAGAGGUCAUGGAUAAGCUGGUGGAUAUUGCCCUCUUUCUCAACAGGGAGAUAGAUAAUAUGUCUGGCAGUGCAGAUCCAAAUAGCGAGAAAAAACAUUCUCUGGGUAGUAAGCAAAGAUUGGGGCCUGCUGGUCUUGAUCUACAUUAUGCUAAUAUAAUUCUCCAAAUUGAUUCAAUUGUAGCUCGGUCAAGCUCUAUGCCUCCAAAUGCACGAGAUACACUAUAUCAGAAUCUUCCACCUAAUAUAAAGUUUUCUUUGCGAUCCAAAAUUCUAUCUUUCCAUGUCAAAGAGCAGCUCAGUGUUACUGAAAUUAAAGCUGAAAUGGAGAAGACACUACAAUGGCUAGUUCCUGUUGCAAUAAUUACUGCCAAAGCGCACCAUGGUUUUGGUUGGGUUGGAGAAUGGGCUAAUCCUGGGUCUGAGUCAAAUCGCAGAUCAGUUGCAUCAGUGGAUGUCAUUAAAAUUGAGACAUUAUACCAUGCUGACAAACAGAAAUCAGAGGCUUAUAUCCUUGACCUCAUCCUAUGGCUCAGUUACCUAGUGGCUCAGUCCAACGCCACUUUAAAUGGUGGGCGCAUGAGGUCACUUGUGAAGCCUCCAGAAUGUUCAUCUCCUGCCAUAGCUAACCAGCAGCCAACACAAAUAUCUGCUGCUGAUCAGGGGAUGUUGCAGGAAAAUAACCAGUCAACAAAAGCUGAAUUGGUUCAGCAAAAGUAACAACUAUUCUACUACUACAGGAAGCAAGGAGCUCUUAUCUGAGAAAUUCUGUUCCUCUAGCAUUCCUGUGAUCCCUUUUGGUCCCUACAAACAGAAAAAACUGCAUGCCAUAGACCGGAAAGUUCAAUAUGCGUUGCUUGUUGUGGGAUCAGCAGAUGAUAAUGUGUUAUUUAAAGGGUCAUUGUCUGCAAUCAUGCAUUUGAGGAGUUUGAAUUUGAUGCCCUUUGUAGGAGAAUUCGUGUCAGGACGAAGAUAACCACAGCUGCAUGCAUCUAUAUGGUGAUUUGAUGUAAUUUAAUGGAUUCCAGAAAUAUAGAAUUAGAUGGAGAUGGACAAUUGCAGGAACGUAAAUAUGUAAUACAAUACUGUCUGACAUACUCAGCAUGGAUGUGUCCCUUUUACAUUUCAAAGUAUUAACAUGAGAAAGGACAUUACUUGUAUGUAUUCAAUCUCCUUUCUUUUUUGUUAAUUGUAUGUAUUCAAUGGUGGAAUACGACCAAAUAGACAAUCCAAAACCUAAACCAAAACAUGUGGGAACUAUUUUACACAUUUUUAAUGGUAAAUUGUGGUGCUAAAUGCAA